AUGAAGCUCUUCACUGUCCUGUUUUCCUACGUCCUCCUUCUUGGCCUCUAUACACCACCAAGCCUGUCAGAUGGUCCACCUCUUCAAGAUGUGUGCCCUAUGGCACCUCAGGGUGAAAGGAAGCUGUUCAUGAACGGUUUCCUCUGCAAGCACCCUAGCACCAUACUGGCUUCUGAUUUCAAGACACUGCUUCUCAAUCAUGCCGGGAAACUAGAUAACAUUCUCCGGUCAUCGGUAUACAUUGUCACCACCGCAGAGUUCCCUGGCCUCAACACCCUUGGCAUGUCGAUAGCACGAACCGACAUCGACCCCUAUGGGUUAGUGCUUCCCCACUCUCACCCAAGGGCGUCGGAGAUGAUGUUUGUCCAUGAUGGCAGCGUGCUGGCCGAUUUCUUUGACACAACUGGUAAGCUGUUUCAAAAGAGACUGUGUGAGGGGGAUGUGUUCAUCUUUCCCCGUGGUUUGGUUCACUUCAUCAUGAACUAUGGUCUCCGUCUUGCGACGACGUUCUCAGUGCUCAACAGUCAGAACCCUGGUGUGGUUGGCAUCACCCAUGCAAUGUUUGCGCCAGAUUCAGAUGUAGUCGAGGGGCUGAUGGCCAGAAUGAUGAAGUCCAGAGAGAUGGAAAUCCCUAACAACAAGACUACCUAUUUUCCAUGGACUUACUAGUGAAACCAAUUAUAGUAUAAUUUAUCGACGCAUGAUGAUUUUCACAUUUCAAUCAAGUCAUGUAUAUGGGCAGAAUUUCAAUUUAGUGAUGUUCUAUACUCUAUACUCUAGCCGAUUAAUUUCUGUAGGAAUUAUAAAGAGCAGUAUCGCGACACACAUAUUGGGAGCAGAACUUUC